GCGGUGGCGGUGGACUCGGCUGUCAGUGCCGAUUCUGUGGAGUGUCUGCGCCAACCGAAAAAAAGCACAGGUCCACACACGCAGACGAGAAAUACGAAUUAUAAAAAAAAAUUCAAUAAAAUCAUACACACACCGAAAAUAUUUUUUGCGAGUGUGUCGUUGAGUGGUUGACGACGACGACGACGACAACGACGACUAGCCACUACGCUACAUCACAUUACUGCGACGACGACUACGACGACGUCGCCAAGAUCGUGUCCCUGUGCGCGCGGGUGUCAGAAAAUUGAAUAAUAAUAAUAAUAAUAAAUUAUUGUUAUUUAUUUUUUUUACUCUCCGUUUGUGUGUGAUUUCUGUGCGUGUUUCCGAAGUGUGGUGUCGUGUGCGUACGUUGUUUCUCAACCCGUUUCGGUGGCCGCGGACGACCGCAGCAGACGGACGCACGAGUAUCGACAAUUUUUAAUAAUAUUGUCGCUUCAUUGUAUUUAAUUUUAUAUUAAUUUUUUUUUUGUUUUUUGAAAUACAUACGCGCGUUUAUGUGUAUAUUUAUAAAUAGACACAUAUAUUUUUAUACCACGUAUGAGUUCAUCGUAUACAUAGAUUAAAUUUGUCGUGUACCUACUAUACUACGUAUAUAUCAAGUCACGAUCGGACGAAAAAAUACCGUACCGCAGAGAAGAUAUCCCAAUUAUAUAUAAUAGACUCGAAUACAGCCACUGAGCCACCGGCGCGUUAGCAAACUGAAGACACUAGUCAACACUACUGGAACGCUAGGUGGCAAAUCAGCAGCAGCGUCAAAGAUUGUUACAAGGAAGUAAGCUCUCGACAAAACACACACAUUUUCAUCCCCGUUGGUUUCAAGAAUCUAACUAUAACUUAUCGAGGCCAAAAAUUUAUAUUUUAAUUUAUUACAAAAAAAUAAUGAUAAGUAAUAAUAAUUUAUAAAAACUACAAGUCGUCGUUUUGCUGGGAAAAUAAGCUUGAUCUGUGAUAGUGUUAUUUUUUAUUUAAAUACGGUUUUUAAGUAUCAUUAUUAUUGCAAUCACACAUAGUUUUCGUUUUUAUCGUUUUUAUUUUAUUUUUUAUUUCGCUUCGUAAAGUCAUUGAGAAAACAACUAAUAAAAUGCCUCAACGUGCGGGCGUACUUACAAAUUCUGUUAUGAUAACUUUAAUCCUACUGAUCAGUUCCUUGUGUGGAUGUUGGAGUUCUGAUGCGGAUCAACAUGUUGCUUCGUCUCCCACAUGUGACAGUAAUAUUUACUGUUAUGGACCAUUGCUGCAUGCGAUUCAAAUGUCUAGCAUAUUCCCAGAUUCGAAAACGUUUGUUGACAUGAAAAUGAAAUUUUCACCUAACGAGACCAUGAACAUAUUCUUGGAAAUGAUGAAAAAAACGGGACAAAGGCCAUCAAAAUUAGAACUGGAAGUUUUCCUGAACGAAACAUUCGAGAAGGAAGGCAGCGAAUUCGAAAUUUGGGAUCCCUCCGAUUGGAAGCCAGAGCCCAAAUUUAUUGGUGAUAUUAAGGACCCAAAUUUCCAAGAAUGGGCUAGAGGCUUACAUUUGUUAUGGAAACUUCUCGGUAAAAAAAUCAAAGAUGAUGUACGUUUACAUCCUGACCAUUAUUCAAUUAUCUAUGUUCCGUAUCCGGUAAUUGUACCCGGUGGCCGAUUCCGUGAAUUUUACUAUUGGGAUUCUUACUGGAUAAUUAGAGGUCUGCUACUAUCUGAGAUGUAUACUACCGUUAAAGGCAUGCUUAGCAACUUUUUGUCGAUCAUUAACACCUACGGUCAUAUUCCAAACGGGGGAAGAGUUUAUUACGCCAUGCGGUCUCAACCCCCCAUGCUGGUACCAAUGAUGAAAAGUUACAUCGAGGCUACAAAUGACACGACUUUCCUAAAAGAAAAUGUAGAUAUACUGGAAAAAGAAUUCAGCUAUUGGAUGUUAAAUCAUACAGUAGACAUAGAAAAGGAUGGGAAAGUAUACACAUUGGCCAGAUAUAAGGAUUCGUCAACAGGACCUAGACCCGAAUCAUACAGGGAAGAUAUCAUGAGCGCACAAACACUGAAGACCGAUAACGAUAAAGAAAACUACUAUUCUGAGCUAAAGGCCGCUGCGGAAUCUGGGUGGGAUUUUUCCAGUAGAUGGUUUAUACUAAAUGGAACAAAUAAAGGAAACCUGACCAACCUAAAAACACGAUUCAUCAUACCGGUGGACUUGAACGCUCUGGUGUAUUGGAAUGCUAAGAUAUUGAGUGAUUUUUACCGAGAGCUGAAUGUGUCCGACAAGGCACUGAAGUAUGAAAACAUUGCCAACAAAUGGAUAGAAGCAGUGACGGCGGUGCUGUGGCACGAGGAAGUAGGCGCGUGGCUGGACUAUGACAUGCUGAACGAAAUCAAGCGUGAUUACUUUUACCCAACCAAUAUAUCACCGCUAUGGACUGGCUGUUAUGACCCGAAGAAGACCGAUGACUUUGUGUCCCGAACGCUUAAAUACUUGGAAAAGACACAGAUAAUGAACAACCUGGGUGGCAUACCGACCACACUGGAGCACUCCGGUGAACAGUGGGACUACCCGAACGCGUGGCCUCCGCUCCAGUACAUAAUGGUCAUGUCACUCGACAACUCGGGCGACAACUGGGCCCAGGACUUGGCGUUCGAGAUAGCUGAACGAUGGAUGAGGUCCAACUACAAAGCGUAUAACGAGACCAACGCCAUGUAUGAAAAAUACGAUGCGACCGUACCCGGAGGUCAUGGCAGUGGAGGUGAAUACGAGGUGCAGCUAGGUUUCGGCUGGACCAACGGCAUAAUCUUGGAGUUCCUGCAGAAGUACGGAUCCAGGGUCACGGCCGAGGAUAAGUUCGUCGAGGCGCCGCAGACUAGCGCCAACAUAGACUCCAGCAGAAGCAGCACUGACUACAACACCAAGACCGUGUCUUCGGCGACGCAAGUCAUGACCGCCACGCUUGCGAUACUGGCCACGAUAUCGGCCGGAUGCAUAGGGUUCGCCGUGUACAAGAAGCGAUACCAGCUUUACGCGUCCGACCGAGCCCUGUGCAAGAAAAUGUGCGGCGGCUACACGGAGCUCAAAGACCUGACGAGCGACUAAAAACGUCGACGACCUACCACACCGUCCGUCGUCCAUUCUUCGUCUAUUCACUGCAGCCACUCCUCGACGGAGUCGUCAGGCGCCUGCGCGUCUCCAUAAUAAUAUAAUAUUAUAUAAUAUGAUAUUAUCGUUCCCGUCCUCCGUCAACCCCGUAACCCACUUUGCCACUACCCACCCACCCAAAUACACCCUGUAUACAAAAUGAUCCAAAUAUCAUACACCACUUGUGGCAGGCCGCAGGUUGCAGGUUGCGAUGAUAUUAUUGUAUUAUUAUAAUACAAACACGUACCUAUGUUAAUUACAGUACGCCGUAGUAUUUGGCGUCCGGUCGACGUAUUUUCGAUGUUGUUAUAUUAUUAUUAUUAGUAUUAAUAUUAUAAUUAUUAAUUUAUUAUUAUUUAUUUAUUAUUAUUAGUAGUGAAGUAGUAGGACUAUUAGUAACGAUAACGUUGUGUUAGAACAUACAAAAUAUAUAUUAAGGUCGACGGACACGACACGAGUCAUAUUAUAAAUGUAGAUAUUAUGACGGAGUUCGUAUAUAAUAUGUAAUAUAAUAUAGUUUGAAAGUAUUCUCGUGGUCUGAAUGUACGAAAUAUGUUUAUCGUCGAUUUUUUUUUUAUAUUUUCAAAACGCAACACUGCACCACUUAGACUCGGACCGAUGUCAAACAUUAUUCGACAGAAUUCGCAUGAAUACGAUUGCCACGUGUCCGUUUCGCGUUCUGUUGUACCUCCAAUAUAACAUAAUCGCUAGUAUUAUAAUAAUAUAUGAUUGUACAUAAUAUUCGUAUAAUAUGCAUCAGAUAGGUGAAUAUUUUAACCCACGAGGUUAGGUACAUAUUUUUUUGAUUGCGCUCGUAUUUCGAACGUGCGAUUUGUGAUUUAUUUAAAAAUGAUUAUAUUUUCCAGACUUGCGAUAUGAGUAUCUCAGGAAUAUAACUAUUGCCUUGUAUAUAAUAUGCUGAUUUGUUCGGUUAUGACGUGAGUAAAAUUUUGGAUUUUUCCGACUGUUCGUCGUUGACUCAAACCGAAAGCGACGACAGUGCACAUUCUGUCGGACCACCUGCGCUGUAAUAAUAGUAGAGAUAGGUCAUAGGUAUUUCGGUUUUAUUUACUAAACAUUUUCCACGCAAACGUGCGUUUUCCUAUUAUUUAUAAAAACUAUCGAGUUUAAUGUCGUUUGUAGAUUUCUUUUAUAGAA